AGUGAAAGCAUGCGACCCUCUUUCACAUAAUGCGGAAGGUCUGCUGGCAUGUGUCACUGUUUAAGUUUUACCUUUGCUCCCUUCGAGUGUUUGUGUGGAUUUUCAAUCGAGUUGAACGCCAUAACAACCAAAAGUGAGGAUUUGGUACUGCGACCGAGUUAGGUUCAGCGAGAGGCACUGGACGACCAUCAAGAGAUGAAAAACACGCAUUGGAAGUAUGUGCCGCUAGGCCUUCAGGAGGAUGAUAAUGAUGAUGAAGAGGAUAUGGUGGACAUAUUGGAGGCAAGGAGGCAGAGCAGUGACAUAAGCCAUGCCCUAAGGACUUUCAGGCCACCUUCCUACAGAGGUGCAAAGCCCUUCUCCGCCGAUCAACUCAACACAGCCGUGCUGGCCUCCCGCAAUGUACGCAGCGUAAUUGUUGAGGUUGCUAUGGAGACAGGGUCACCACCGGAAGCAGUGAGAGCGCAGGCGGCUGCCAUUUUGAAGGAGAUGUCCCAAAAGCUGCAGCUUGGAUUCGUGCGUUUGAUGGGCUUCAUGCUCAGCAAAGUCCUCAAGCGCAUCUACUCCCACAUCUACGUCAACAUGGACGCCCUCCACACGCUUCAGCAGGUGAUAUCGGACACGACUGUCAUCCUGCUGCCCAACCACAGGAGUUACACCGACUUUUUAGUCAUCUCUUACAUUAUGUUUACCUACGACAUCCCGCUACCUGUCAUUGCUUCUGGACUGGCUCUGGCAGGGAUGAAGUUCAUGGGCGAGAUGCUGCGUCGCUGCGGCGCGUUCUACAUCCGACGCGACAUCGCCUCCAACAUGCUGUACUGUGAAGUGCUGUCAGAAUAUGUGAAAACCCUAGUCAGGACAGGAUUUGCACCGGUGGAAUUUUACAUCGAAGGCUUCCGGAGUCGUUCACUAAAAUCCUUGACACCCAAGUUAGGUAUGUUGCAGAUGGUGCUGGAUCCCUAUUUUAAAGGCGAGAUUGACGACGUCACCUUGGUUCCGAUCAGCUUGAGCUACGACCGACUUCUCGAAGAAUCUCUGCUCGCCCGCGAGCUCCUGGGCAUCCCCAAGCCCAAAGAGAGCACCGUGGGUCUGCUGAAGGCCGCCAGGGUCCUACGUGAGGAUUACGGCUGCAUGUAUGUCAAUUUUGGUCGGGCCAUGUCAGCCAGACAACUUUGUCAAGGGAAGAUCGAGCCGCUCAUAUCCAUUGACGCUCUUGAAAUGCCCUCAGCGGAGAAGCUGGUUUCUUUGAACCGGCUGGCUCAUCUGAUAGUUCGAAUCCAAGAACGGGGUUCCUUCAGCAGCCCGUGGUCCCUCAUGGCUUGCCUUCUGCUGCAGUUGCCGCUCUCGGUCCUGACUCAAACGGGCCUGCCUUGGUCAUGCCUUGUCGAGAGGACACUCUGGUUGAAGCGGUUGGCGUUGAACUUUGGGGCGCGGCUCAACUGGCCUGAACAUGUCCCGGAUUUGGAGGUGAUUUCGUCAGCCGUGGCUCUCCAUUACCCCUCGGUUCGCCUCAAGGCACAACGUGUCUUCCUGGUCGUCGAGGAAGUGGAAGAGGUGGCGGGCCGCCAGCCAAUCAGCACAGAGGACAGCGUGGCCAAGAUGGCGGCGUCCAUGUUGAUGAUGGCGUCCUACCGCAACCAAUCAAUUCACCUUUUUGUCCGGCCGGCCCUGCUGGCCACGGCCUUGAGUCUUUCUCGGAGCGGCCGCAGAGAUGAGGUCUAUGCGUCCUUCUGCUUCCUCCAGGACAUCUUCAGGAAUGAAUUCAUUUUUAUUCCUGGUAAAGCUGACAAGGAUUUUGAGGAGGCGUGCUACCUCCUGAAGAAAUGCGGCGCCCUGCACGUGACUGACUCACAGGAAGUAACGGCACCCGAGGGAGACGGUGCGGAGGUGUUGUCCUUCCUGCGCUCGCUUCUGAAGCCCUUCGUUGACUCGUACCUGGUCAUGUUGAGGUUCCUCAGUGAUCAGGACGCUCACGUCAUCACGGAGCAAGACUUCCUACCCGCUGUGAGGAGCCUGGCAACCAAGCUCAUCCUCUCAGGUAAGGAGCGCAAUCGCUUUUUCAUCCGCCGAUAUCGACUUUCUCCUGGGUCUACACUGGCAGGCCAUCUCCACACCUACGAGACCCUCUCAUCCGAUCUCCAGAAGAACGUCCUGGCGGCCCUCAGGAGGUUGGCGGCUGUGACAAAGUUGAGGGCGUCAGAGAAGGCGUACAGUGUGGAUAAAGACGCCGUGAGACAAAUCGAAGGCACACUCUCUGGGCAAAUCCGUCCCCAGAAGCUCCAGACUGAACCUGACGCAAGAUUUUAGUCUCCACUGGAACGUGUCCAGCCUCGGCAUCCAGAGCACAUUUUGCACUCUGACCUUCACUUGAACCUUUCCUCCUUCUCCUUUUUUUGUUGUUCUUCUUUUCUUUCCGGUGUCUUCAAGAAGAGUUCUGAAGACACCAGCCUUUGUGAUUGUAUUCAAACCAAUGACCUUUUUAAAAUAUGUCUUUCGGAUACGAUAUUUUAUAUGUAUUAGGCUCACACUGAGAAGAAAAAAAAAAGACGUAUUGUGAAAUGACAAAUAAUUUGAAAUGUCACCAGAAUGAAGUUGCGAUAUCCAAAGUAUAACAAUAUCAUUUUUAUUCUAUGCAUCAAUUCAUGAUGCAUAGAUUUUCAAUCAAUCAAUUUUGUAAUGUAAUUAAUUAUCAAUCAAUUUUAUGAUUGUUAAUUAAUUACAUUUUAAUGACAUGGAUACAAGUAGGCCUAAUGUCAAAUAUCAAAACAAAUCAAGUACGUGUUUUGAGACUUUUAUUUUUUUAAACUUCUUUACAUAUCAAUAAAUGGAAAACAGGCAUAACAAAAUGCA